AUGAGGAUCGGUAAACGAGGGCCGAGCCAGGCGGAGACCGUCAUCAAGGCGAUCAUUCGGAAAAUUGUUCAACGAUGCCAAGAGAAAGGAGCCGCCCUUUCCGAAACGCUUGUAGGCUUUAUGGUCAAGUCGGUUGUUCUUGAUCCAGAAGCUAACUUCUCCGUCGAGCGAACCCUCACCCAGCCAGACGUAGACAGACUGAUAGACACGUGUACCAAACGACUCACUGAAACCAAGUCCUCUCGUCUUGAGACAAUCAAAAUGCAGGUUUAUUUCGACAUGAACUACACAAGUCGAACGGAAUUCAUCGGAGAGCAUCGGCGAGUCAUCAGAUCGCGUCUUGUCACGACUGUCAAUGAAAUCUGCGAGUCACGUGCUCUUUCGCGAGAAGAACUGCAAAACCUUUAUCGGCGAAUCGUGGCGUACAUCCUUCUCGAGUCUGGCCUCGGCUCUCCCACAGACAUGGCGAUCGUGCGUGAGACAACCACCGCGCUGCAGUCUGUCUUUCCUCCUCAGGAGCUCGGCACAUUCCUUGAGUUCUCCAAAAGAGAGAAGGAGCGCCACCUUGCCGAGUUGACCCGCAUCGUCUCUGGCAUUCGCCUUUUCAACAAGAAGAACGGCACCGGUUCAUCAAGAGGAAUCGAGGAUCUGCCCGUCAUCAUCCAGGACGCCAUCAAUCCAUCAUUAAUUGAAGUCGAAGCGGAGCGGCAAAAUGCUCAAAAACUUGCAGAGCACUACACAGCAAUUAUAAUGUCUGAUACCUUCGAUCCAAAUGGAGAAAACAUGGACAAGAUUCAUGACGCUCUUUAUAACAUCGCCCAGUGGGAAGUCUUCCUGAGAAUCAUUUACAACGAGCUUGUCAAAUCCAGCCAUCAAGUUGACACAUUGACGGAAAAGCUCAACGCUGCAUUUGAAUGUAUCCAGAACGCAGUUCAACAGCGCACAGCCGUGCCGACGAAUCAAGUCUAUCCGCUCUUCAUCAAACUCUCCGAGCUGUGGACUUUCUUCCAAGAAGAAAUCGUGCUACUGUCAGUGUUCCAGAAUAUCCGACAAAAUGCGAAAGAGUUCAUCAAACAGCAUGAAAUCCUGUUUCCCUGGCCAGUGAUUCGAAAGCUCACCGCAGACAUGACCGUCAAACGAAUGGACGAGUAUCUCGCCGAUGCUGAGGCCAGCGGUCGUAUUGAUCCAUCAACUGGAAAGGAUUCCGCCGACAAGGACGACAUCACCUGGGUUUAUCCCGAAACACUUACCCAGAACAUGAAGAUCGAGUCGAUGACAUUCCGCUUCCGGAGCUUCUGUCCUUUGAUGCUCGCCGAAUACGGCCUGCUCAUUCCUGGCAGUGCUAAAAUCGGAAUGCUCAAUCACGACGACGGAUUCUACGUUUUCUCCAGCAGCCAGGCGGCGAAAACCUUCACUGCUGAUAUCGGAGGCUUUUUGAACAAGAUCUCAGCAAAAGCUCGCAUCUCGACAGAACUCAUCAACUUGGUGCAACUUCAACGACAGUUUCAAAAUCUCGCCCAACACGAAGGCUUUGGUAGUGGCAGUGGGCAACGCUUGCAACAAGACACCGCUUGUCAAACAGACACUCAUCUGUUGCCGCCGACGCAGGACAAGGAGUAUGAAUGGAACGAGUGGGAGAUGAGGCGAAAGGCACUGAAGCUCGCAAAUCUGAGAAAAUGUGUCACGCAUUCUACGCAAACUGUGCUUUCGAACUUCCGCCGGGAGAACGAAACGCAAGUGUAUCUUCCUAAGGAGAACGACAGUCAAACGAAGAAAGAGUCGUACACAAAUGCUCCGAAGAAAAAUGUCUACUACGCUGGACUGCGUGGCGAUACGCGCAAAAAUGCUUUCAAGCAGUGGGACAUUACCGACUACCGCGGUGUCGAUCCAAACUAA